AUGCACUCUCGUCUAGCCUCCCCUCUCGUGCUCCCUUGUCUCCUACCCAUCUUUCUCUCGUGCUCCCUCGCAUGCCGUGUUAUCCCCGGCCAAAGCCUCGAUUAUGGCAAUUCCCUCUCUCGUGCCAGGCCACUCAUUCCCUCUCCAUCCCUCUCGCACACCCCCUCUCAUACACACUCAUCCCCUCUCCAUCCCUCUCGCACAUCCCCUCUCAUACACACUCAUCCCCUCUCCAUCCCUCUCGCACACCCCCUCUCAUACACACUCAUCCCCUUUCCAUCCCUCUCGCACACCCCCUCUCAUACACAUUCAUCCCCUCUCCAUCCCUCUCGCACACCCCCUCUCAUACACACUCAUCCCCUCUCCAUCCCUCUCGCACACCCCCUCUCAUACACACUCAUCCCCUCUCCAUCCCUCUCGCACACCCCCUCUCAUACACACUCAUCCCCUCUCCAUCCCUCUCGCACACCCCCUCUCAUACACACUCAUCCCCUCUCCAUCCCUCUCGCACACCCCCUCUCAUACACACUCAUCCCCUCUCCAUCCCUCUCGCACACCCCCUCUCAUACACACUCAUCCCCUCUCCAUCCCUCUCGCACACCCCCUCUCAUACACACUCAUCCCCUCUCCAUCCCUCUCGCACACCCCCUCUCAUACACACUCAUCCCCUCUCCAUCCCUCUCGCACACCCCCUCUCAUACACACUCAUCCCCUCUCCAUCCCUCUCGCACACCCCCUCUCAUACACACUCAUCCCCUCUCCAUCCCUCUCGCACACCCCCUCUCAUACACACUCAUCCCCUCUCCAUCCCUCUCGCACACCCCCUCUCAUACACACUCAUCCCCUCUCCAUCCCUCUCGCACACCCCCUCUCAUACACACUCAUCCCCUCUCCAUCCCUCUUGCAUACCCCCUCUCAUACACACUCAUCCCCUCUCCAUCCCUCUCGCACACCCCCUCUCAUACACACUCAUCCCCUCUCCAUCCCUCUCGCACACCCCCUCUCAUACACACUCAUCCCCUCUCCAUCCCUCUCGCACACCCCCUCUCAUACACACUCAUCCCCUCUCCAUCCCUCUCGCACACCCCCUCUCAUACACACUCAUCCCCUCUCUAUCCCUCUCGCACACCCCCUCUCAUACACACUCAUCCCCUCUCCAUCCCUCUCGCACACCCCCUCUCAUACACACUCAUCCCCUCUCCAUCCCUCUCGCACACCCCCUCUCAUACACACUCAUCCCCUUUCCAUCCCUCUCGCACACCCCCUCUCAUACACACUCAUCCCCUCUCCAUCCCUCUCGCACACCCCCUCUCAUACACACUCAUCCCCUCUCCAUCCCUCUCGCACACCCCCUCUCAUACACACUCAUCCCCUCUCCAUCCCUCUCGCACACCCCCUCUCAUACACACUCAUCCCCUCUCCAUCCCUCUCGCACACCCCCUCUCAUACACACUCAUCCCCUCUCCAUCCCUCUCGCACACCCCCUCUCAUACACACUCAUCCCCUCUCCAUCCCUCUCGCACACCCCCUCUCAUACACACUCAUCCCCUCUCCAUCCCUCUCGCACACCCCCUCUCAUACACACUCAUCCCCUCUCCAUCCCUCUCGCACACCCCCUCUCAUACACACUCAUCCCCUCUCCAUCCCUCUCGCACACCCCCUCUCAUACACACUCAUCCCCUCUCCAUCCCUCUCGCACACCCCCUCUCAUACACACUCAUCCCCUCUCCAUCCCUCUCGCACACCCCCUCUCAUACACACUCAUCCCCUCUCCAUCCCUCUCGCACACCCCCUCUCAUACACACUCAUCCCCUUUCCAUCCCUCUCGCACAUCCCCUCUCAUACACACUCAUCCCCUCUCCAUCCCUCUCGCACACCCCCUCUCAUACACACUCAUCCCCUCUCCAUCCCUCUCGCACACCCCCUCUCAUACACACUCAUCCCCUCUCCAUCCCUCUCGCACACCCCCUCUCAUACACACUCAUCCCCUCUCCAUCCCUCUCGCACACCCCCUCUCAUACACACUCAUUCCCUCUCUUUCCCUCUCAUCCCUUCUCAUCCCCUCUCAUCCCCUCUCAUCCCCUCACAUACACUCUUAUACACUCUCAUACACUCGCAUUCACUCUCAUACGCUCUCAUCCCCUCUCAUCCCCUCUCAUCCCAUGUCACUCCCUCUAA